UUAUUAUAUUAAGAGUUGUACUUCUAGAUAUCAUUUCUGCUAUUAAAGAGUUUUGGAGUUGGCAACAUUCAUAACAAAGAGCUUUGCAAUUCUGAUGAGAAAUGUGUCCCAAAGUUCUGACGUUUUUGCUGGUUGCUUCCUUUCAGAUUUAUACAGAAACCUAUGGUGAUGAUUUUACCGUAAUGAGUAUUCUCAAGGAUGCCUGGGUAAACACACCACGUAAUUGGGUGGGUGCAGAUCCCUGUGAAGGCAAAUGGGAAGGCAUUUCAUGUAAAAAGUCACGUGUGACUUCGAUAACGUUGGCAGCUGUGGGAUUGAUGGGUGAGCUGUCUGGAGACAUCUCCUCCUUAUCAGAAUUGGAGGUUCUGGAUCUAUCGUACAACACCCGGUUGAACGGUACCCUUCCACCAUCAAUUGUGAAUUUGAAGAAGCUAAAACGCUUAAAGUUGGCUGGUUGUAGUUUCUCUGGUCCUAUCCCUGAGUUGAUAGGGUCUCUUCAGCUGCUGGAGAUUCUAGAGCUGAAUUCAAAUAGAUUCACUGGAUCAAUUCCACAUUCAAUUGGAAACCUUUCGAAACUCGUUGUGCUGGAUCUAUUCAAUAAUCUGCUCGACGGAUCCAUCCCGGUCUCCAGUGGAAAUACAUCUGGUCUUGAUAUGCUAGUUAAUGCAUUACACUUUCAUCUAGGAAGGAAUCGGUUCUCAGGCGCAAUCCCGAAUGAGCUUUUCAGAUCAGACAUGACUCUCAUUCACGUGCUUUUGCAUGACAAUAAUCUCACGGGAAGCAUUCCUUCUACCCUUGGACUUGUGCACACUUUGCAGGCUGUACGUUUUGAAGGGAACUCAUUAACUGGACCUGUCCCUUCAAACCUCAACAAUCUUAUCAAUGUGACGACGUUGAUUUUGUCCAACAAUAAAUUUACUGGACCUGUUCCUAAUCUCACUGGCAUGGCUUAUCUCAGCUACUUGGACCUGAGCAAUAAUAGUUUUGACGCUUCAGAUUUUCCGCUGUCAUUCUCAAACUUACGGGCUUUGACAACACUAAUGUUGGAAAACACUGGACUUGAAGGUCGGAUUCCUCCUACACUCUUCGAUCUUCCUAGUUUACAGACUUUGAUUCUAAGGAACAACCAGCUCAAUGGCACAUUGGAUGUCGCAACAAGCUCUAGCAGCCAACUGAAAGUCAUUGAUAUGCGAAACAAUCUCAUUUCAUUCUAUCCAGAAUCACCAGAACGAAGGAAUAACUUGGAUGUAAUACUUGUGGGUAACCCAGUUUGUGCGCAUCCAGAAGCAACAGAAAAUUACUGCGCCGUUCCUCAAGCCAAUUCUUCGUAUACGCGGCUACCAGAGAAAUGUGUUCCCCUCCACUGCAUUUCAGAUCAGAUUUCCAGUCCCAAUUGCAAAUGCUCGUAUCCAUACAGGGGAGUACUAGUCUUCAAACCUCCAUUUUUAGAGUCAAGAAACUCAGCUUAUUAUGUUCAUCUGGAAGAAGAGUCUCUGAUGCGUUCCUUCAAGUUCCAUCAACUUCCCGUGGAUUCAGUAGAAGUAAAUUUUCCAGCGAAGGAUUCCUUUGGGUAUCUUGAGUCAAAUUUAUCCAUGUUUCCGUCGGGCCAAGAUCAUUUUAACACAGCUACUAUUUCUGAUAUCGGAUUUGUGCUAACCCUUCAGACUUAUGAGAAUUCAGAUAUCUUUGGACCUACAUAUUUUAAGGGUUCUCCAUAUCCAUACUUCGAUGGAAAACCCACGGUAUCAAAAGAGUUAUCAAGCACCGUAAGGAUCAUUGGGGCUGCGGCUGGAGGAGCCUCUUUCCUGCUGCUAUUGCUUCUUGCAGGGGUAUGCGCUUAUCGACAGAAGAAGAGAAGAGAAAGUGCAAGUGAACAGAAGAAUCAUUUUGCAUACUUGGAUUUAAAGAACAGUGACAGCGUUCCUCAGUUGAAGGGAGCCAGAUGCUUUUCUUUCGAUGAGAUUACGAAGUGCACGAAUAAUUUCUCGGAAGUCAAUCAUAUUGGAUCAGGGGGUUACGGAAUGGUUUAUAGAGGCAUGCUUCCUACUGGACAACUGAUUGCCAUCAAACGACGUCGACAAGGAUCGGUGCAAGGUGGGCUUGAAUUCAACUCAGAGAUAGAAGUUUUAUCGAGAGUUCAUCAUAAAAAUGUUGUAAACCUUGUUGGGUUUUGCUUUGAGAGAGGUGAACAGAUGCUAAUUUAUGAGUUUGUUCGCAAUGGUAGUCUCAUGGACAGCCUAUCAGGUUUGAGCGGGAUCUGGCUGGAUUGGAGGAGGAGACUUAAAGUGGCUCUUGGUGCAGCAAGAGGUCUUGCCUACUUGCACGAGCUUGUCAACCCUCGUAUUAUCCACAGGGACGUAAAAUCAGCUAACAUAUUACUGGAUGAAUCCUUAAAUGCUAAAGUUGCUGACUUUGGUCUUUCCAAGCCUAUGGACAAUAGUGAGCUUAUUCUUGCUACCACUCAAGUUAAAGGGACAAUGGGUUAUAUAGAUCCUGAAUAUCAGAAGACCCUGCUCUUGACUGAGAAGAGUGAUGUCUAUGGCUUUGGAGUUGUGUUGCUGGAACUAGUAAGUGGAAGAAAGCCUUUAGAGCGAGGGAAAUACCUUGUAGCGGAGGUAAGUAGCUUAUUGGAUAGAAAAAAAGAUCUAUAUAGCCUUCAUGAACUUCUUGACCCGAGCAUUGGUUUAGACACGAAGCCGAAAGGUCUAGAUAGGAUAGUGGAUCUGGCAAUGAAAUGUGUACAAGAGAAAGGAAGUGACAGGCCAACAAUGGGUGAAGUGGUGAAAGAGAUUGAGAAUAUCUUGCAUCUUGCUGGUUUAAACCCCAGUGCUGAAUCAGAAUCCACUUCAGCUAGUUUUGAGGAAGCAAGCCAGGACGAGUUUCCACCAUCCUUGAAGGAAGAAGAGUUUUCAUUAUCUUGAGUCUUGAACCAUGAUGAGCAUUGUUUUGCUGGGAAAGCUGAGAAGUUGCUUCAGUACUGGGUGUUACAAUAUUUUCUUGCGAUGUCCCCCCCGUGUGGUGCAUCAGAUUUGUAAGAGUCAACUAGUUAUGAAUAUAUAUUCAGCAAAACCUUUGUAUUUUGGGUGAAAAAAAUCAUGUUUACUCUUACAUUAAUUAUGUUAGAAAUUAAACUUAUGCCUGUUGAACUUAUUGAUCUAUUUCUGUUGAA